GUACUUGUGGGUUUCCUGUCUGCUUGUCCGCAAACUGCCUCCUUAUUUCAUUAGUAUUUAAUGCAACACUUGUUGCUUGUUCUCAGUUACACAUGAAUGGGUAAAAUGGCAUCUUUCACAGUAUUUCUGCCAUCCUUUUACUUGUUUUGGAUCAUCACUCCUUACUUCCUGUUUGCAUUCACUCAUGUCCAUGGACUCCCGAAACCUGAGCUGUUUGUAUCCUCCUCAGUAAUUUUGCCGACAACCACAGUCCAUCUGAGUUGUGUAGUCCCUCAGGAUCCAGUAGAUCAGUGUAUUUUCAUGGUGGGAAAGACAUACACCACCUCUACAUCAUCAUGCGAGCUGACCCUCACAGGAGAACAAAUUAUAGUCCGGGGACAUGUAAACCCACCUUCAGUGCUUCCAGUGAAAUGUUUCUACACUGUAAAAGGGUCUGGUGUUAAUCGUCCCUCUGAUCACUCUUCUCCUGUUUCGGUGCUUGUGCUGGAUAAUUUGCAGAAACCCAAGGUAAGCGUGCAUCAUGACCGAACAAAUAAGCUGUUCGACAUUGUUUGUGAAAUACCCAAGCAGUCCUGGAAUGUCACUGGAUGCCAGUUUUAUACUGGACAUGGGGAGAACUUGUACCCGACAGCUAAAAUAGCAUCUGGAAACUGCCAUUUGUAUUCUGUGGACGAGGAUGAUUUAUUCAGACGUCUGCAGUCAGUGGGGAGCGGAGAGGUGAGCUGUGAUUAUAUAGUGAACACAGAACCUUCAUCUCUCUCUCCACGCAGUGACCCUUACACCAUUCAAGGUCAGUAUGCUCAAAAUAUUAUUAAUGUAUUAUUAAAUACAUACUAUUGACAUGACUCCUUAUGUCUGUCUGAUGUCUGUUUUAACAAGUUUUGUAUUGUUGGUCUUGGCAGUUUUGUAAAACAAAAAUGACUUUUAAAAAUAGUGAAUCAGAGACUAUCCUGCAUCCUGCAUUUAUUGUGCAUUUAAAGUAUUUCUUGUUACAGGAUACCAGCCCCCGACCAAAAAUACUCCUUUAAGACCAUCAGAAGCAGUGUCAUGGGGAACAGUGUUGAUCUUGGCGGUGACUAGCCUGUGCAUUGGCCUGGCUGGCGUGUCAGCAAUCUGUCUCAUCUGGACAUGUCGUAUGUGAUAAUCAUGACAUUUCAUUCAUAGAAUAGCUCUAGGAAAACACAUUCAUGCUGAAGGUAACACAUUUGCAACUUUCCUAGGUGUGUUUUAUAGACAACUGGUUUUGUUACCAUCUUAAAAUUCAUUUGAUGCGUUGUGGUCAUAUGAAGGACCGAUAAAGACUCCUGUCAUUCCCACUAUUCGCCCAGGCUAUACACUGUGUAGUUUGGUGGUCUGGGACAGACACGGAUUGACAUUGCCAAUUAUAUCUCCAAAGGUCACCAGCUGGCACAUUAGCAAGCUUUUAUCAGUGUCAGAUGUGCUGUUGUUAGUGUUUACAAGGUUUUUGCAUGCAGCCUAAUUUAUUUUAUAUAUCUGAAAGAUGCAGCCUUAUUUACUCUCUGAUAGGCACAUCUUAUUUUCUCUUUCAGGGAAACAUAAACAUCAGAGUUCAAAGGGUACUCUAGGCAGGACCAGACAGAAGAAUCACCCAGACAUUAUGCCUGCACAUAAUACAGUUAGAACUGUUAAUGACACUGCUGGAACAUUCUCCAUGACCACCUCCACCUCCCUGACUGUAGCUCCAGAGGUUGACAAAAGGGAAGACAUUUUCUCUGAACAGGAUGAUGCAAACCAGUAUCAUGUCUACAACUCUAUAUCUGACCCACCAAGUAUCUCCAACCAGGGGGACCCCACAUACAGUACAGCUUGGUGCAGGACCACAGGAGCCCUGUUGUCACACAGCAGGACAUGACCUACAACCUUCUGCAGGUGCACUGAUACAGCUGCACAUACCGCAUAUAGCAUUUAUUAUGCUUUAAAAGGCUAAUCUUGUGUUUUGGAAUGCCUGCAUAUAGAGAAAAUAGCUACAAUGACUAUGGUCUAUUGAGGGUUUGAUUGACAUCUUAUCCAGUGAAAUUUCUGUUGUAUUUGAGCUAGAAUCUAAAGAUUUCAGGAGGCUAGUUUGCAGUAUAUAGGCAGAUUUACUAAUGGUAAAUACAUUGUUAAAUAAGCCACGCCCACAUAUGCAUGUCCCAAAAUUGCCCGGAAUUACUGCCUCUCUGAGUACAUCUGCCACUUAGUCAAAUAUUUUCAUCAGUAGGCUAGUUAUUAUUGUUAGAGUUUUAGAUAACAAAUGUAAACUUUUAAAUGUAUUAUUUAUUUAUCAUUAUAUAUAUUGUUGUUAGAUACUGUUGCUUGGUUCUCUGUAUGUGUAAAAUGAUUUAUUAACAAUUUAAAAUUCAUAUUACCGUAUUUAAAAAAUGGUGAAUAAAAUGGUUAUUUUACGUGGUACUGUAAGUGGUCCGCCUCAGUCUGAAUGAACAAAAGCCUGGUAGUAUAAGUGCAUUCACUGACAUUUGUAGAACUGUUCUAGAAUAUUUAACCCAGUGGACUUUCACUCUCAAGAUUAUUCCACAAAGUAAAUAGAUUUGUUUCAAAGAUAUUAAUUUGAAACCUUUUGCUAACAAUUUUAUAUCACCAAGGUUUUUUGUUUCUCUGAAAAACAUUUCUUAAAUAAAGGAAUUUGUACAUGAAA